CAGGACUUUAUAUCAUUAGUCGAGCUUGAAUUUGGCAUGAAAAGCGCGCGGGCAGAGCAAGUUGGCACCCCAAAAUAUAAAAAACUCAAAAUUUUCACGCAUCUCUCUGACUCACCCCUCUUUCUAAAAUCUUCCCUAAUUAGAAGAACCCUAGACGUUACAAAGGAGGACUAUAAGGCACGAUUCCUCUUUUCAUCCAUCUCCUCGGUACCAACAGUUUUUAUCAGACAGAUGCGAUAUAGGAGCGCUUCCUUAAUUUAGGCUUUUGCACAACUUUCUGCCAGCUGAAAAGUUGUUGAUCAUAAGAUCGCAGUAUGAGCAGUCAGGAACAAAUAGGUCAUCCAUCCAGGUGCGCAAGAGCUUUACAGAGGACGAAGAGUUCACUCAAUGUUGAUCUCAAUGUCAUGCCUCCAUGGGAGAACCUUAAUCAGGAGGGAACCUCUACUCGCUCCGUUUCUCAGGAUAUGCCACAUGCUCAAAGAGUCACCUCGAGUACUGAACCAAUUGACAUUGAUGGACUUGAUGAUGAUGAUGUCACUAUAUUAUCUCGCCGUGCCUUUGCUCAAGCCAAGAACAACCUUAAAAGGAACCGUGGACAGGCUGCUGUGGUUGAUGUAGAUUCAGAUGAGUGUCUGCUCAGGGUUACAUCUACCAACACUAACAAGCGCAGAAGGGCUCGUACAAACCAACCAGUUACAAAAACCAUAACAUGCAUAAACCUUGAAGAAUACAAUAACUCAAAGGAGGUGGCAUUGGUAUUGGCACCUCCUCCACCAAAGGAGCCGGUGUUCAGUUGUCCAGUUUGCAUGGGCCCACUAGUUGAGGAGAUGUCGACCAAAUGUGGUCACAUCUUUUGCAAAGUGUGCAUCAAAGCUUCUAUCGCUGCUCAAGGUAAGUGUCCUACUUGUCGGAGGAAGAUUACUAUGAAGAACACCAUACGAGUCUACCUACCCUCUACAAGCUGAGCUUGUGAUUAUUUUCACCUCCGGCGUUCACCCCUUGCACCAUUUGACUAGGGAUGACGCACUUUGUUGGAAGCAGGAAUAACAAAGAAAGUCCACACUCGGUAAAAUGACUCAAUCCUUGUUGUAAUAGUAAUCAAUGAAAAGAGUUUUUUGGCCUUUUUAAUUUUUAAAGCUCAUGUAGCUAUUUAAAGAUCUGUGCUGUAUCAAUAUUGCAAUGCAUCAAAUAACUUUGUUCUUUGGUAGCACUACAGUCUACAUAACAUUACUGAAGUCUUGUAUCUCUGUGCUUUGAUGGGUGUACAUCCUGUUACAGUAUUACUAUGUUGAGUCGUCAUUUGAGACUUUGCAUACGCACAUGUAUGAUGUAUAUAUGGGUGAACGUGCUCGGUUUUAAUGUUUUUUCCU